GUAUUGACGAAAUCCACGGCGAAAGAGAGAGCGAGAGGGACGAUGAGCAACAGAAGAAGAACCGGAGACGAUGACAAAGGAUUGCUCUGGAAACUUCCCCAAGUUAGGAUCAACGACAUCGGAAAAGUUGGUCCGGCCUUUGGACUCGGUUUCGGUUGCGGAUUCGGUUUCGGCGCCGGUCUUAUCGGAGGUGUAGGAUUCGGACCAGGAGUUCCUGGAUUACAAUUUGGUCUCGGAUUUGGAGCUGGUUGUGGAAUUGGUGUAGGUUUUGGCUAUGGCGUUGGAAGAGGAGCUGCUUAUGAUGACUCUCGUUCUUAUUAUAACGUUGGAAAACCAUCUCUGAAUGAAGUUGAUUCACUAAUUGAUGAACUUGUUGUUAGCACCAAGAAGCUUGUGAAAGCUACGACGAAUGAAAUCGACAAGUGGAUAAAAUGAUGAACUUUAGCAUUUUUAUAGCUUUUGUUGCAGCUUCCAAGUAAAUGGUAGUGUUUGGUUUGUUGUUAGAUCAAGAAUGUAGACCUGGGGCUAGUGAAAUCUCUUUUAAUUUUGUACAAUUUUACGUAUGGUAUAAAGAUGGAUUCGCAUAA